CUUAAAGCGACGGACUAUUUCCACUUUUUGCGCUUCCCACUAUCUCCCGUCACUUCACUGUAGACCUCGAGUCGCUCAAAACCUCUCUUCCCUUCUUCCUCCGCCUCUUUCGCCCGUCGAGGUCAGCAGCAAUGGGAAAUUCAUCGUCGAUGCUGACUCAGUACGAUAUCGAAGAGGUCCAGGGGCAUUGUAAUCACGCCUUUUCACAGCAAGAGAUAGUCUCGUUGUACCAGCGGUUUUGCCAACUGGAUCGGAGCAGCGGUGGGUUUAUCUCCGCCGACGAGUUCCUCUCCGUGCCUGAGUUCGCCGUCAAUCCUCUCGCUCAGAGAUUGCUGAGAACGGUUGAUGGAUUGAAUUUCAAAGAAUUCGUUGCUUUCCUGUCUGCAUUCAGUCCUCGCGCCACAUUGCAACAGAAAAUCGAAUUUAUCUUCAAGCUAUAUGAUUCGGAUGGAAAAGGUUCAGUUUCAUACAAAGACAUAUUGGAUGUGCUGCGUGAUUUGACUGGACAUUUUAUAUCUGAAGAACAGAGAGAGCAAGUGCUGAAGCAGGUUCUUGAAGAAGCAGGCUACAGAAAGGACUCGUCAUUAGUUUUUGCCGACUUUGUAAAGAUCCUAGGAAAUCCGGGCUUGAAGAUGGAAGUAGAGGUUCCAGUAGAUUAGGCAGUGGAAUUUUGUACCCCCAAUGUAUGAAGCAGCAUCUGCAUCUCCCAUUAUGCUGCUGCUCUAGAUCCGGAAGCAGGGGAGAAUACUGAGCAGCCCACCUCACACUCCCCAACUCUGUAUAAUCGUACAAACUUUAUCCUUGCUUGUAAGGCACCUGAAUUUAGUUGGACCUUCUUCAACUCCAUUGUUUCUCGAGUUUCCUUGUACCUCCAACUAAUCUGAUCUCUCUAUUGUACGUCAAUGGAGGAGAGGGGAUUAGUUGUAGAAUUAGCAGAUUCUUAUUGACUGACAGUGUUCGUCUUCACAACUUCGUGCUGCCAUCUGGAACUAGUAGAGAGAUUGUAAGCCUCCUUUUCUUUGGGAGGGACUCAUUACAUUCGUGCGUAACAUAAAAAAAAAAAAAAAACAUUGAACGGCUACUAAAAGGAAAUGAUUGAAUCUUUUGG